UAUUGUUGUUUGUUGACAAUAUAGUAGGUAGUAGGAGAAUUAUUUUGUUUUCAUUUGUGUAAGUGAUUAUUUGGAGCUCUUUAUGUUUUCUCACUUUAAACAAAAUGACAAAGUUUUCUUGAACUGAUUAAAAAACAGUGUGUAUUUUUCAUUUUUGUUGCUCAUUAUGUCCAGUCGAAGGCGUAGAGUGACGUUUUACCCGAAAGAUUUAGUUGAUGUAUUCAAAAUACUGAAACAGGUGAAAGAAAACUGUGUUACGGUGAAAUGCUGUGGAGGAACGUAUCCAGUUAGUGAAAACGGAGAUGUGCUGAUAUCUCUAAACAAUUUAAGACGUAUCCUCUGGUACGACCCAGCGGAACAAAUUUUGACUGUAGAAGCUGGAGUUACACUUAAAGAAAUUUUGAAGUGCGUCGAAUAUUUCAACGCUACGCUAGAACUGUAUGGAACAUUGCCAGAUAUGGCUGUUAUUGAUGCUGUUUCUAUAGGCCUAAUAGGUGCCAAUGGUACAAUUGCACAAUGUAUUAAAGCGUGCAAAGUAGUGUCCUUACACGGCGAUACCAUUGAUUGUAUGUGGCCCUGUGCAGAACACGUUGUUGAUCAGAGUGGAAAAUGUGAUGGAAACGGAACUGUGUGUCCAACAUUGCAGCAUGUUGUGUGUGGCCUUGGUUGUGUAGGUAUUGUUGCAUCUGUUACUUUGAAAUGUGUACCAAUACAUCUAGCUCAACAGGUCACAUAUGUAUGCACAGUGAAAGAAAUAUCAGGAAUAUCUGAGAGACUGUCAGCAGCUCUAUACAGUGAGUUACUUUGGUACCCUCUUAUAAACAGGAUAGCUGUUACAAAUCAUUAUCCAAUACGUUUGCAUCAAGGGUUUUACCAGCCAUUGUGGAAGAAAGUUAUAGAGACAGCUUAUAUACUUAUGUAUCAGAUAGUAACUCGUGUCAGCCCAUACAUUUCGUGGUAUUACCCUGAUGCUUCAGCAUACCUUUCACGUCAGCAGUUUGGACUGGUGAUGAAAGCAGCAUCGUGCAGAACUGGUUUUUGUUUUAAACCGCAGAAAUUUGUGUCUGUUGAGAGUUAUUGCAAAGGGAUAAAAUGGUCAAUUCCUAGAGAACAUUUACCUACACUUAUGCAGGAGAUCAGGAGUUGGGCUGAGAAGCAUAAACAUUUCUGUUCAACCCCCAUUGUGUUGUGUUUCCAGACAAACAAAGAUCUAGAUCUGCGCAAACCAUUGCUUUGCCCAUAUACAGAUGUUAGUACAUGCACAAUAUGGACUGACUGGUUCUGCAACAAGAAUUUGAUGAUAUCUUAUUCUGCAGAAAUGGCAGAAUUUGAAUCAUUGCUGCAGAAAAAUUUUGGACGUAGAUGUUGGUCUGCUGGUCCAGUAUUUAUUUCACCACUUAUUGGACAGAUGUAUCCAGGUUUCAAGCAUUGGUGUUCUGCAAAGUCGGUGUUGGAUCCUGAUCUCAUUUUUAGAAGUCCAUAUGUAGAAGGCAAUCUUAUUAUUGAAAAUUGCUAAUGUAUGUCCUCGAUGUAUGUUAUUCUCUUCACUGCUUAUGCAGGGUGUCGUGCUUUGAGAUGUAUUAUAGCAUAUCAAGAAUCAUCAUUCUAAUGACUUUGAAAACGCUUUGCAUCACUAUAUCUGUGGAAGAGGCUUGGACGCAGUGAAGUAAUAAUAAAUAAAUAAAAUAUAAAAAAUACCCACAAAGUGUGAAUCAAAUUCCAGACAAUCUGAUCAACUGUCUCCAUUGUUGAGGACCAUGGACUGAUCACUACACAAAUAAUUAAUUUCAGCUUUGAUGCUGUUAUAGCACGGAAUAAUUCCAAACAAGAAACUUAUUGAUGUUGUGUUUAUAAGCAUUAACUGGUACAACAGUCAUUAGAUUCAGCAAUAUUUAUGUACUGUUGAAAUUGCAGAAGGGAAUAAGAUACUGCUGCAUUAACUUCCUACAAAAGCAGCUUUAAUGAAGGAAAGUCGAGAAGGAGACACAGUUGCAGUUCAUAGCCUUUGGAACUCAAGAUUUAGCAGGAAAGGAACCACAAGAAAGUUACACUAGAUCUAUUUGAAAAGUGAAGAACCUUUCAAAACCAAGGAGAUUGAACCACUGUUUGUGCUGGUCUAAUGCUGUGAAGUAUGUUGCCGCACCAAGAUGAUUGAGAGGGGGAGGGGGGAGUCUCUGGACCCUUCCCUCAGCUGUGACUCAGACAGUUAUGCAGUAUCAUUUUCUCCAGGAAUUCCAGUGGACUAUGACAGGCAGGAAAGCUUCAAAGUACGAGAGACAUAUCGACAGAAGUUAAGGUUUGAGGACUUUCUGUGAGUUGUGCGUGGAUAGAAUAACUGGGUAAAGCACUGCCCAUGAGAAAGCAAGGUUCCCAGUUCAAGUCUCAGUCCGGCACACAGUUUAACUUACAAGGAUUUCCUAAAUGUGCACCGUGUGCUACAGAGUGAAAGAUAUGUUUUGGAGUGAAUACUAUGCUAAUUCUCACAACCUGAGAUGUAAUGUUCGUGCAAUGUGUCUGAUAUGAGUUUAACAACUUCUUAUUUUUAUAUAGGAGACUCAGUUUAAAGAACUUAGAGAUAGUAUCUUGUGCACUAUAUAAAGAACAUAACAUUACUUGAAUCACCUGUACAGUUUAUUAUUUGUUUCAGCUCCAUAUUGAAGUCACCCACUAUAAUGUUAAUUGCAGCACUAUAAGUCCAAACAAUAGACAUAAGUACAAACAUCUGUGCUCCAUGUGUUUAUGCAAAAUAUCCAUGGUAUUCUUUGCUAUUGUCCCUCAGCUGAGAUGUUUGAUUGCAAAUGCUACUUCUGCUCUGAUGCCUCAGUUUUUUGCGCUCCACAAACAAUGUAGGAAAAACAGCACAUAAGUAACUUACCCAUAGUAACCAAAUAUAAAUGAAAAGUGUGUUCUGAACAUGGUGAACCAUGUAAAGAACUGUAAGAGUGCUCAUUUUAACCAACUGCUCUACUAGAUUACUGUUCCUUCUUCAUUUUCCCAUUUUGAAAGAAGAAAAAGGUAACGAAAAAUCCAUAAGUGACUUACUUAUUUGUAGAAUAUUAAUGUCUUUUGGAUUAAUGUGGAUGAAUUAAAGUGCCAGCACAAGUGAAACUUUUGGGGUGGAUAUCAUGCAAAACAUCUUACACUGUUUGAUCAAGAUAGUUUCAGUAGAAAUUAUUUCCUGGUUGAUGACAGGGAAAAUGUAAAUGUUUAUUAUAACACACUGUUCUUCCUCUGUGACUGCUUCAACUAUUUGCAAUUAUUGAACAUGUACAUAGAAAACAAGAAGAGUGAUCAAUUUGAUUCCCAUAAAAGGCUACUGUUUUGACUCUCUACUUAUCAUAAAAGGGCUACGCUAAGAGUGAGGUACUCAAACACUUCUUCCUUAAAUGGG